ACCCGGAAGUAGAGCCAUAAACACGUAAAGUAGUCCAUCCCUUUCCCCCAAGUAGUAUGUCACAUCGUAACGUUUCUAAAGAAGCUCUGAUCGGUUCCAUUACACUCGGGGUUGUUUUUGUCGCAGGAUAUAUCUUCGGAAAGAGGAAGUCGUCCAGAAUGAGCAUCUUUAAAAGUCAUGCCAAGGGCAAAGACAACCCACUGAUGCAGUAUGUCCUCAAUCACUCCCUGAGAGAGCACCCGGUCCUCCAGAAACUCAGGCUGAAAACGAUGGAGGACUCCUGGAGCAUCAUGAUGGUGGCCUGCGAGCAGGCGCAGUUCAUGGCCAAUUUGGCGAAACUAAUUAAAGCCAAGAAGGCGUUGGAGAUCGGUGUGUACACAGGAUACAACACACUGAGUAUGGCGCUGGCUUUGCCUGAGGACGGUGUUGUUGUUGCUUGCGACAUCAGUGAGGACUACACGAACAUCGGCAAACCGUUCUGGAAGGAGGCUGGAGUUGAGAAGAAAAUUGAUCUACGCAUUCAGCCAGCCUUGAACACCCUCGAUGAUCUCCUCUCUUCCGGCCAGGCUGAAACAUUCGACUUCAUCUUCAUAGAUGCGGACAAAGUCAACUAUGAUAAUUAUUACGAGAAGUCCCUGCAGCUGCUCAGGAAAGGAGGCGUCAUCGCAAUCGACAACGUGCUGUGGGGCGGCAGCGUGCUGAACCCGUCUCCCGAUGACGCCGACACCGUGGCCAUCGACAAGCUGAACAAGAAGCUGCACAGAGACGCUCGGAUUACCCUGAGCAUGCUAACGGUGGGAGAUGGGCUCACGCUGGCAAUCAAACUUUAAACUUAAGAAGCUUCUGGAUGGGUGACAAGUGCAAUUUAGGUUUUUUUUUUUUAAAAGAACAGCAAAAUAAAAUCAUUAAAGUUCAACAUUUCUGCAGCUAUACGACGCUCGUCAAAGCUUGCAUUUAGCCGGGCGAGUAUUUUCUUUUAAUUGUACGACUAAUUCAACCGUUUUGAGAUUUAUUUUAGUUUUAUUAUCUGAAUGAAUUCACACUGAACAUUCCUUUUAUACUCCUCAACUUCAUGUCGCUUCAUAUUGUACCGUAAUUAAACAA